AUGUUUCUUCCAAAUGUACACGCAGAAUCUGAAACAGAAGUUCUCCUCAAAUUCAUCAAAGAGAACCCCCUAGGAAUCCUCAUCACAGGCAUCAACUCCUCCUCACAGAACUUCCUGCAAUGCACCCAUGUCCCAUUUGUGCUUGACCUCCCCAGCACAGGUGGCAACGAAUCAACCGCCCCCCGACUUCGCGCCCAUAUUGCGAAACAGAACCCCCAAGUGAAAGCCAUGCUCGAGACACUCGAUGGAAAGCCACCGGGGGUCCUCUCCCUUGACCGAGAUGUCCUAGUGAUCUUCAACGGACAGCACGAUCAUUACGUGACGCCCAAAUACUACACCGAGACCAAGCCUGACACCGGUAAAGUCGUACCGACCUGGAACUACUCCGCUGUCCAGAUCUAUGGGAAAUUGUCGCUCUAUUACGAUUCCAAGACUCCGGAUGCAGGGUCGUUCCUGGCGAAACAGAUGCAUGAUUUGUCGGAGCAAUGUGAGAGAAAUAUUAUGGGGUUUACGGGUGGGGAGAGACCGCAGCCGUGGAAGGUUGCUGAUGCGCCGGGACGGUAUAUUGAGUCGAUGCUGAGGAAUGUCGUGGGGAUCAAUAUUGAGAUUGGCAGGAUUGAAGGCAAGUUCAAGAUGAGUCAGGAGAUGAGACGCGGGGAUCGGGAUGGUGUGGUCAGGGGUUUUGCAGAUUUGGGAGGGGAGGCUGGAGAGGCUAUCUCUGCGUUGGUCAAGGAGCGAGGAGAGUUACAUGAUAAGAAGAUUGAGAAGUUGAAAGCUGCGAAGGCAGGGUAG